AUGGGUUUCUGGAUCAGAUCUUUGCCUCUCCUGGCACUACUUGCUGUUUUGGCUCCUACUGCUAGUCAUGCUGUUCCCAGUCAGAGACUGUGUGGGCCCCAUCUAGUGGAAGCACUCUACCUUGUAUGUGGAGAUCGGGGCUUCUACUAUCCCCUUAGAGCACGGCGGAACAUCGAAGAAUCCCUUGCGAAUGGAAUGGAAGCACUGUCAUUCCAGCCAGAGGACUGGAAGAGAGGAAUUGUGGAACAAUGUUGUGAAAAUACCUGCUCCCUCUAUGACCUAGAGUCUUACUGCAACUAG